AUGGGGAAGCACCCCAAGAUCUGGCUACCUCAGACCCUGAGGCAGACCUUCAUCCAGAAGUUUGGGGAUACAGUGAACCUACUAAUCCCAUUCCAGGGCAAGCCCAGACCUAGCGCCACUUGGAUGCAUGAUGGCCGUGCCUUGGACUCCAGUCGUGUGAGCUUGCGGAAUGGGGAGUGGGACUCCACCCUCUUCAUCCAGGAAGCCCAAUGAGCUUACUCGGGCCACUACCAACUGAGUGUGCAGCUGGGUGACCUGGAGGCCACUGCCACCAUUGACCUCCUGGUGAUCAAGAGACGAGGUCCUCCUCAGAGUAUAAAGUUGGUGCAUGUUUGGGGCUUCAACGCUACCCUGGAGUGGACACCUCCCCAAGACACUGGCAAUACAGUGCUCCUUGGAUACACGGUGCAGAAGGCUGAUGCAAAAUCAUGGCUGUGGUUCACAGUACAGCAUUACCACUGCACCAGCUGUGUGGUCUCCAACGUCAUCAUCGGCAACUCCUAUGCAUUUCAUGUCUUUGCUGAAAACCAAUGUGGGCUCAGCAAAACAGUCCCUAUCACGUCCGACCUUGCCCACAUCCAGAAAGCAGCUACAGUUCACAAGAUGAAGGGGUUUGCCCAGCAAGAUUUCUCUGAAGCCCCAAAGUUUACCCAGCCUCUGGCAGACGGCACUACAAUCACUGGCUAUGACAUCCAGCUCUUCUGCUGUAUCCGUGCCUCCCCCAAGCCCAAGAUCAUCUGGCUGAAGAACAAGAUGGAUACACAAGGCAACCCCAAGUACAGAGCCCUCACUUAUCUGCAAAUCUGCUCCCUAGAAAUCUGCAAGCCUGGUCCCUUCGACAGGGGCAUCUACACCUGCAAGGCUGUUAACCCCCUGGGGGAGGUGUCCGUGGACUGUCGGGUGGAUGUGAAAGGUAAUGGCAAGAGCGGCUGCCUUGGGCUGCCAAUCGUUUCUUCUCUCCACCGGUGGAAAAGUCAGGGGCCAGAGCCACAAGCUUAGAUGG